AUGAACCCAUAUGUAAUCUUCAUCAUACUAACAAGCUUGGGACUAGGCACCACAAUCACAUUCGCUAGCUCACACUGACUGCUCGCCUGAAUAGGGUUGGAAAUUAAUACACUAGCCAUUAUUCCCCUCAUAGCCCAACAUCAUCACCCACGAGCCGUAGAAGCAACAACAAAAUACUUCCUCACACAAGCCACAGCAGCAGCACUAAUGUUAUUUACAACCACAUCAAAUGCAUGAAUUACAGGACAAUGAGAAAUUCAACAAUUAUCUCACCCCAUACUCACCACAAUUACAAUCCUCGCUCUAGGACUAAAAGUAGGAUUAGCACCAAUACAUUUUUGACUACCAGAAGUCCUACAAGGCCUAGAUCUAACCACAGGGCUAAUCUUAUCAACAUGACAAAAACUAGCACCCAUAGCCCUAAUUUAUCAACUCUCAGCAGGAGUAGAACAACCACUAAUAAUUACACUAGGGGUAAUAUCGGCCCUCGUGGGCGGAUGAGGGGGACUGAACCAAACACAGCUACGAAAAAUCCUGGCAUACUCCUCAAUCGCACACAUAGGAUGAAUGAUAAUUGUAAUAAAAUAUUUACCAAACUUAAUAAUUAUAAACUUGACAAUCUACAUUAUCAUGACAUCAUCAGCUUUCAUAGCACUUAAAAUAACCACCGCUACAAAAAUUAACACACUAGCAACAGGAUGAACAAAAGCCCCAAUCCUUACAGCACUAACUAUGGCCACUAUACUAUCAUUAGGAGGUCUACCCCCACUAACCGGAUUCAUACCAAAAUGAAUAAUUCUACAAGAACUAACUAAACAAGACCUCCCACUAAUCGCUACAAUUAUAGCAAUAACAGCCCUACUAAGUCUAUUCUUCUACCUACGACUAUGCUACGCCAUAACACUGACAAUUUCACCAAACACAAACAAUGCUAAAACACCAUGACGGUUGAAAUCAAAACAAAUAACAAUACCCCUCUCAAUUACAAUAGUCCUAACAGCUAUAAUACUUCCGGUAACCCCAGCAGUAAUAGCAAUAACAACAU